GCCAAGUAGAAUCUUGUAUCGAGGACGAGGAGUCCUUUCGGAACUGGAUCGACAGGGCGAUGCGUCAAGAGCACAUCUCGAUCGCUGGACUUCCACACGUUCACUGUCGACCUUCACCUGCCAGUUUCAAUCCUGACGCGACAUUAUUUCCAACACAGAUUCUAUUCCAUCAUCUUUCCAGCAGCAGAUUUUCUCAAACUUGCAUCGUAUCGGUUUCUAUUUCCACCUCGGUCUCGAUAUCAUACAGAAAACGACAAAACCCCAUACUCUCGUUCUUUCUAUUUCUUGGUCUUCCUCUUUGGUUUUGUCCUGUUUUUUUCUCUCUUCAUUUGAUCUUGUCUGUCAUUUUGCAGCAUCACAAGGUCCCUCUGUCCCUAAUUCUUUAUUCUACCACAUUCCCCGCGCACUUGCGUCAUCACCUUUUUUAUUCUUGCAGUCGUCAGUUCAUUUUGCAGCACUCCAACGUAUCCGAAAACGUCCUCGCGUCAUCAUCUUCCUCCAAUCAUUUGCAGUUGACAAUUUCGUUUUGCAGCACGAUCCAAACGCCAUAACUUGCAUCUUCGCGAUGUACCUGAUUCCUCGCAUUCUCUGCCCUGGUUAUCCAAGGCCACCUUUGCAGCCUGCGCAAAACAUAACAGGCUUCCUUAAUGACGACAACAUCUAAUUUCUGGUCAUUGUUGCAGGCUCGUCUCAAUUCGCAGUUCAGCACCCCAUGAUAUCUCAGCCUACCCUUGCCUUCCUUCUGUCGUCCUUGCGUGGAUUAAAAUGCU